CCCCCUAUCAUGAUAUCCCACGAUCACCUCGCACCACAUCUGGAACGAAGGAACGGGGUCGCAGAGCAAGGGCUACUGUCUGACUUAGGGCUUGUUGGGAGAAGGAAACAUGGCUGACCGGGAUUCAAACUCUCCGCCUGCAGCAACUCAUAAUUCUCCAAGGACAUGGCUGCUCACUUCGGCCUGCUCGCCGCUGGCUGUCCGGCUGAUCCGCCAACUCCUGGAUCAUGGCGACUACAUUGUCGCCUGUCUCCCGCCGCAUGAGAUUGACCACCCGGAUCGAGGUGCCGAAUUCAGGGAGCUCAUCGCAGAGUGCAAAGAGGGUGGCAAAGAUGCUGAAGGGCGCGACCGCGACGGAUGGAAGGAGAGAAUUCGUGGCAUCCGCUGCGACGGACGAGGGAUGGCUGGCUGCGGCGCGGCGAUAGCCGAAGCCGUCGAGGUUUUUGGCAGAAUCGACAUUGUGCUCUGCUGCAAAUCAGAGGCCGUGGUCGGUACCGUUGAGGAAUUGUCCACAACGCCAGUAACUAGGAACUUGGUGCGAGACCAGUUCGAGAACCUCUUCUUCUCCCAGGUCAACUUCAUCAAGGCGGCACUGCCAGUCCUGCGGGCGCAGCAUACCGGGCACAUUGUGGCCCUCACCAGCACUGGUGGUCACAUUGCGACGCCGGGCAUGAGCAUGUACUCAGCUGCGACAUGGGGCCUCGAGGGGUUCUGUGACUCGCUCGCCUACGAGGUCGCCCCCUUCAACAUCAAGAUUACCAUUGUUCAGCCGAACCAGGAGAUCCAAAGCUUGACCAACAGACUCACGUUUGCGCCGCAGAUCCCUGCCUACAAGGACGCCUUUGAUUCCGCGCCGAAUAUUAGAGAUAUUCUCAGCAACGUUCUCGACACGGAUCCUGAGACGGCCAUACCGCGGCCGCCAACGCCCCACGCGACCGAGCCAGUCGCGACCCCGGACUCGGACGUGGAGGACACAAACCUGGAGCCUGAUCCCGGUCGAGGCGACGUGUUCCAGCGAUAUCCACGCCUGCCGCCCGGCGCUGCCGAGAAACUGGUGAUGGAGACGGUCCACGCGCUCACCGCCAUAGGAGGUCACGAGAAUCCACCAGCGCGACACAUUGUGGGCACCGAUGCCGCCAUCGCCGUCCGGGAGAAGCUCAAGACAGUGUCGGAGGAGCUCGAGGACUUUGUGGACGCUAGUCUUGCGGUCGAUAUCUUUGACAGCGAGGUUCUCGACGAGGCACGGGAGGGAGACAGGGGAGUCGAAAAGUCGCCCGCAGCCUGAGAUCUUCUACGGGCUUGAGUAUGACAGUGAUGACGGCAUGACAGGGCUGUACAGAUUGUGCAAUAUCAAGGGACCAGUGUCCUGAUUUUUGUAAUCGUAAUGCUAAUGCUACAAUGGGAAAGGGACCUAAGCGAAAAAGCUGCUGUACUAGGUGCCAAAAGACUUGGCAGCUGUAGUUG